GAGCUCUCCUCAUCCCCCCGGACCCUCCUCCCGAUCGCACCUUACUUAUUCUUACGCGGAUCCCCGUCGCCAAUGUCCUGCUCUUGUCACCAUGGCGGCGCCAGCUAACAACGCCUUCGGGGCGCCUCCUGUGCAGGCCGCUCACAAUAGCUUCCGCGCGCCCGUGGUCAACAACCCGUUUGGGGCUCCGUCCGCCCAGACUUCGGUUUUGGCUCCUUCGUCAGCGUCAAGUCGUCAGCCCUCACCCGCAAGCACACAACAUCCGCCCGCAGGCCCGUCGGCGAAAGCUCAGCUUAAGAGCCAGCUUGACGCCGCGAAAAAGGGCCCCCGCAGUGGUCGGAGCCCGUCGCCGUCCACUUCCAAAGCGCCACCCACUGGACCGUCAAGUCAACAACUAUCGGUUGGAGCAACCAAGGCGAACACGAUGACUCGUCGGAACAACAAGCUCACCGGCGGCAAACCGCAGGCCGCGAGUAAUGCUGGGCGGUUUGGAGGACGGGAAGGGCAGACGCCGGAAUCACAGCGCGCCAAUCCUUUCGGCAGCGCGAAGCCAUCUGCAGGACAGGAGAAGGUUGCGCCGACCGCGCCGAACACGAGAUUACCCCCAGGCGGGCGGCGCAAGCAGCCUGGACGCCUGGAGCGGCCUCAGCCUCCACGUUCUUCAAGUCGGCAAGGUCGGCCAAAGGCCCCGCUGAUCGGAGAGCCGAGCGAACGCACGAAGCAGCUGUCGCCCUUUGCUUUCGACUAUGCAAACAAGCUGUACGACCAUCUGAGGAAAGAAAACAUCGCGCCGCCAGAAUGGCCAGCCGAACCAGGGAACCCGAACAACCGCGCCGCUGUCGAAAGCUUCAAUGCCGAUUUCAAGAAGUAUCGCGACAAGGUCACUGCGUCCCUGAGAAAAGCCGACCUCAUUGACGACCCGGAAAAGAGGCGGAAGCUGAAAGACGCCCUCCCCUUCAAGGGCAUCUGUGAGGAAAUGUGUCCAGAGUUUGAGCAGAUCAAGCGCAUCAUUGAAGAUACAGUCAGCACCGAGGAGAAGGCAGUUGGCCCGGACGGUCUCACUCUGUGGCCGGACAGGUCUCGGAUGGUCAAGAGGUAUGGGCGCUCCUCUGCCGGCUCGGACGCGCCGCUGCCCAUGGACGUUCGUUCCGUGGACGCGCUGCGCAGGACAACAGACUAUCUCUUCAACGAUCUCCUCCAGUCGGAAAGCAACCUGCCUUCCAUGCACAGCUUCCUGUGGGAUCGCACCAGGGCGGUACGAAAGGACUUCACCUUUCACUCGCAGAAGUCGGCCGAAGAGAUGAAAGACAUGGUCUACUGCUUUGAGGCCAUCGCACGAUUCCACGCCACAGCCCUGCACCUGCUGUCGAAGAAGGGUUUCGCAAACGAGAGCUUUGUGCAGAAGCAGGAGUUUGAGCAGCUGGGCAACACCGUCCUGUCGCUCAUGGAGGCCUACGAUGCGUGUCGCGACAAGCACGUCCAGUGCGAGAACGAGGCCGAGUUCAGGGCCUACUAUCUCCUCGUCAACGCCGAGGACCCCUCUAUAGCGAACAGGAUUCCGGCCUGGGGCAAGGAGUUCUGGUUUGAGUCUGAAGAGGUCCAGACAGCUGUGGCUCUGGUCCAGGCGAUGGAGGAUGUGCGCAAACCCAAGGGACCGAUCAAGCCGCAUCGACCAACGUCGCUAGCCGACACGUCUUUCACGAACUAUUUCUCAAUUGUCGAAGACCCGCGCGUGUCUUACACGAUGGCUUGCAUCGCCGAGGUGCAUUUCACCCAGGUGCGCCAGGCAAUCCUCAAAAACCUGGUGCGCGCUUAUGCCCGGUCUCGCGAUGCGCCCCGUACCAUCACAGCUUCCGAUCUCAACGCGAUCCUGAGGUUCGACACGCCCGAGGAGGCUGUCGAGUUUGCCGAGCUUCACGGCCUGGAGUUUUCGACGUGGGUGCCCGAAGGCAAGCCACCCGUGACCGAGCCGUAUCUGCUUCUCAACGACAAGAGGAAAUACGUGCCGCCACCGCAGGUUGGCCAGUCCUUUUCCGGGACGCUCGUCGAGCGGAAACGCUCGACGCAGUCGCUGCCUUAUGUCAUUUAUAACACCAUCUUUGAGGAGCCGGCGGAGAAGUCUCCCUCGAGCGCCGAGGACAGCCCGGGCUUGUUCGUCACCAGGACGGCGGCGGCGCCGGAUAACUCUCCUUUAGGCACUCCUUCGCCACCUCUACAGCCGGCUGAGCCGUCGACCGCAACUGCGCCCUCUACGUCCCCGUUCGGCACCGUGUUCCAGACCACGCAGGCUCCGAAGACGACGCCCUCCGCCGCAGCGCCGACCGGGACAACAACACCGACGUUUGCGGGUUUCCAGACCUCGCAGCCAUCAGCGUCGACUCAAGCAGGGAAGAGUGCGUUUUCGUUCUUGAAUAUUCCGCAAGCUUCGUCGACGGCCGGCUCGAGCCCCAAGAUCCCCUCGCUUCUGGGCCAACCAACAGCUUCUUCACUCGCUGCAUCCAAUCCGGCGCAGGCCCCCGGGUUGUUCGAUUUUCUUAAGGGAUUCAAGUCAACCCCAGCUCCGUCCGCUACAACGACGACGCCGACGACGGGACCGGCGCCGGGACCGAUGCCAUCCGCAGCUGCGCUCCCCAAUGGCGCGGCUUCCAAGCCCACCGUUGCUUCCACAUUACUAGGGAACGCUAGCUCCUCCCAAGUUAAACCAACCGGGCCGAUAUCCUCAUCGUCUCUCCUAGGGACAUCUCCGUCGAGCGGCACGGCUCCGUUCUCAACCACUCAGCUCCCAAAGCCAGCAGAGCAGCAACCUGCCCCUGCUGCGCCGGCAAUCCCGUCGAUAUUCGUUUCCCCGCCAUCCGCUACAAGCAGUUCUACAAAUCAGGGUCUCCAACCUGCUUUCUUUCCUGCUUCGACCCAACCACGGGAAUCAACGAACCUUUCCAGUUCCGCUCCAGCCGUCCCUGCUCUGGCCACGCCUGCCGCGGCGCUGCCUAUAGCUCAACCAGCUCCCAAGCGGGAUCCUUUUGGCGACUUUACGAAGUGGUUCGUCAACGCGGACGACGGUCUGCUGGAGCACUUCACGGAGGAGACCCUGCGGAACCUUCUCUGGGACGUCUGGCAGGGUUUCCAGCGGGAAGAGGCCGAGAGAAAACGCAGGGAAGAGGACGAGAAAUCCUGGCGUCUCGCUCGCGAGCAUCAAAAUUACCGCCUGCGCGUCAAAUACUUCUACCGGUGGCGCAACAACGCCCGGUCCUCCGCCACGAAGCGCAUUCUUCGCGAAGGCAAGGAGAAGAUGCGACUGUACCGAGAGCAACAGCAGGCCAUCCAGAGACGGCAACAGGCGGAGAAGGAGAAGGCGGAGAAAGAGGCCAGGCGAGCUGCCGAGAGACAAGCCGUGGAAGACUCGCGCCGCAUCAGCUUGCUGGCCACAUCGGUGCGCCGGCGGGGCAGCGUUGCCUACAGCGCGGACCACGACCCGGAAGAGCAGCUCCUCGCCAGCGGCAUCUUCUCCGGCCUGCGUGACGACCCGCGCUCUCUCGCCCGCCGUGUUGUGCGAGAAGCGGCCGCUGCCGACGGCGGCGACGCCUGGUCCAUGGCAAGCGCCUCCCGGUCUUUCCGGUAUCCCGAGUCGGAACUCGAACUCGAACCGGCACCGUCGGCCCGCGACUCGCCCGACACCAGCAGCGUCGGCGGCCGCCGUGAGGGCUGGAAGACGCGGUCUUUGCGUGAGAAGUUUGGCAUCGAGCCGAGGCGUAGCCUCUCGGCGAGCGGCUCCGUCGUCAACGGUGCGUCGUUCCUGUCGUCCUCCUCCCGCUUCCGCCAGUCCCUGCCGGGAAGCAGCAGCAACAAAACGACAAAUUUCUCCCGUAAGCGGUCGGCCGAGGAGGACGGUGACGACCAAGACGGGGAGGCGAGGCGCCGUUCGCUCUAUAGCAGCAACGCCGCGCCGAAGACGAAUGGGUUUGCCCGAUCUCGCCACUGGGACCUGCGUGCGCGGGGCUUCGUCCCGACGCCCGACGGCAACUGGCUGCCGGAAGCAAUCGUCAAGGCGGGAAAGCAACGCGACAGCGCGCUGGAGCCCGAAUCGCCGCGCUCAGAACCCCGCGGGUACGACCACGACCCCGAGCUGCUCCCCGACCGCGACCCCUCGCCCACCCCGUCAGACCUGCGCCUGCGCCUGGCGAGACUUAAGCAGUCUCGCCCGCACGGCCUCGGACACGGGACUCGCCACAGCGUCGACCUGCCGCCCGCCGCGUCCGGCUUCGCAACAGACCGCUGGCUGCUCUCUCCUGCCUCGCCACCCCAUCCGCCGUUCGCUUCGCGACACCCCGCGAAUGCGGCCAACGGCGCAGCCACUGCCCACGCGGCGAGCCGCUCCCCUGCCGCGGAUAUAUCGCCGCCGCCGCCGCCGCCGCCUGCUGCUAGCCACCCAACCCCCGGCAUCAGACCCGUCAGCCUGCACGGCAAGAGAAAACGCACGACAGAAGACGCAGACUUCGCGACCGCGGAUCGUGGCAUCGACGGCGUGGCAGGGGAUCAUCAGCAAUCACCGUCCCCGUCGCCGUCGUCAUCAGCGGCAAGGAAGAAAAAGGCGAAUCUCGACCUCGACCUCAAUUUCAACCUCGAUCUGCAUCGUCUUCGUCGUCGUGAUGGGGGGGAUGCCGACGUCGACCUACACCCACCGGCGGCUGUGCCAGGCCGCGAGGAGACCUGUGCCAUGGUGGAGAACACGCGGCGCAUGCUGCGGGAGCUGCGGGAGUUCAUGGACCGCGCGGAUCGGGAGGAGGGCCGGGCAGCUGCGCCCGGCGCGGGUGUGCCGGCUGCGGCACCUGCGGCGGCUGGUGCUGCGGUCGGAGGGGAGUCGGAGGUUGGGGUGUAUUCGGGGAGGUAGCGCACUUGGACUGUGUAAGGAAGGGAAGGGGACCUGAGCGGUGGGUGGAUGGAUCGAUCAAUGGGUUGUUGCGGUUCGUUG